AUGUUCUUUAAAAAGUCAGUCGCGAGGUGGAUGGGACCAAACAAUGUGGAUGAUGAAGCAUCACGUCACAACUCUCAUAUCGAGGGUCUACUCAAAUCGGAAAGAAAGGCUGCGAGGAAGACUACCACUGUUCUUUUACUCGGUCAACUUAUGGAAAGGAUUGCUGACCGAAGCCGAGCCUCAGGGCCUGAUAAUUCGGGCAAAUCGACCAUUUUCGAGAAAAUGCGGAUGAUGUCCUUGGAUGACUUCUCUAAGCAUGAGCGGCAGGGCAUUCUUCUCCCUCAAAGCCCAACGGACGGAGCUACCGAUAUCUUCUUUACACUGUCUGACACCAAUUGGCGCAUGGUGGAUCUAGGUGGCCAAUCUUUAAAAAGAAAGAAGUGGAUGCGGUGCCUUGAAGACGUGGAUUAUCUUAUGUUCGUGGUCGCACUAUCCACUUAUGAUCAAUGCCUAGAUGAAGGCCACUGCACUAACCAGAUGCGGGAAGCAAUGAAGCUCUUCGACUCCUUUGUCAACAGCGACAUUUUUAAAAACAAGCCCAUUCUCCUUAUCUUGGACAAACUGGAAAUCUUCGAGGAGAAGCUUUAUUAUUCACCUAUUUCUGGACACUUUCCAGACUUCAACGCCUCAGACACCACCUCGUGGGCUGCGGCGGAAUAUAUUGGCCACCUUUUCCAGCAAAUCAACAGAACACAGGGCCGUGAAAUCUACGUUCAUUAUAUGAAUACCACCGACACUAACUCACUGAAGUUGACGAUGGCUCUGAUGUAUCGAAUGGUUAUGGCACAAAAGCUUCGUACCCAGGGUUUACCCGACAGUUACGAGGUGGCGCGGUCUGCAUAG